UGUUGUCGCUGCAGUUGCCGCCGUUUGUUUAUUUGCUUUUGUAUCGCAAAACUUGUUGCCGCAUUUCGUUUCGCUUCGCUUUUGGCCCACAGACAACGCAGUCAGUUAGCCAGGCAGGCGGCCGUGCUGCGCUUUUGAUCUGCGCAUCUUUAAGAUACUUUUUCGUUCAGUUCAGUUUCAGUGUUUGCAACUCAAGUGCGCGCGCGCGUUACGAUUUUUGUUUAGCAACAGCCGCCCGCCCCAGCCGCCCCCCGAAAAAAACAAAAAACUUCGACUCAAACGUAGCCGGUUGCUGCUGUUGCCGCUCUUCCCCCUCCCCCGCCGCCGCCACCGACGCUGCCAACAUCCCCUCCCCUCUCGCCCACUCGCGUCGCGUGUUGUUUCUGUGCGUUGAGGUAGCUUCAGCUUCGCCCGUUUCAGUUUCAGUUUCAGUUUUGCGCUGCGCCGUGUUUGCUCUGCACUUUUUUCAGCGCUUUUCACGACGGCAUUUUGCGCGCUUUCGGUACCGCGAAUAAAUCGCCCGAUACGUUAAAUAUAUAUAUAUAUAUAUAUAUAUAGAGUAUUUCCCAACUUAAAACUGCCGAUGUGCCAAGUCCGAAGUACUUGCUUUGCUAAACGCCGCAAAUGUAAUUGCCAUCGAUUUUUGGCCAACAAUUAGGCAAAAGUGCGAUACAGAUUCAUGAAAUAUUUGUGAGUUUUUAUUGUGAGUUUUAACAGAAGAGUGUGGCAGUUAAAGCAGUUCAAAGCUAAAGACGUUGUCGCCGGCCAAUUGACCCAACUUGUGAACGUUGCGGAAAAGGGAGAACAAAAAAGCCUGGCUGGAAUUGUUGAAGGCAAAGUAAAUUGUGCUUGUAUCUAUGUAUAUGUUGUGUAUGCUGCUGCUGUCACAGUUAGCUGUAAACAUUGAUUAUGCCAUUGUUGCUAGCAAACUACUAUCAACAGCAACAGCAGCAGCAACAUCGUCAGCAACAGCAGCAGCAGCAACAGUUGCAGCAGCAGCAGCAGCAGCAGCAGCAUCGCCAGCAGGUUGCUAGGGCUGCCAGCAUUAACGGCAUGUUACUUGAAUACAAAAACGCUUGCAACACAAAUCAGAGCAGCAGCAGCAGCAGCAGUCACAACAACAACAGCAGCAGCGGCAGCCGUGGCAUUCGACAGCUGGCCACAGCGGAAGCACUAACAAUGUCAACGCCAACAACAACAACCAAAUACAAAAUGAAUAGCGAUGCCAGCGACAGCGCUGCAGCAGCCACGCUGCUCUAUCAUCAUCAUCAUCAACAACAACAACAGCAGCAGCAGCAGCAACAUCAUCAACUGCAGCAGCAACACUUGCAGCAGCAGCAGCAGCAGUUGCUGCUGCAACAGCAGCUGCUGCAGCAACAUGUCGCCAGCAACAGCCCGCUGCAACAUCUGAGCAAUCUGUUUGGCCAGCAUUUGCCUACGCACAGUCUGCAGCAUUUGAUAACCGCCGAGUACUGGCAGCAGCGCUGCCCCGCAGCAGCAAUUAAAAGCGAGCCAACAACUCAAUCGCCAGCGCCAUCGCCAACACCAACAACAAAACCAACAACAACAGCAACAGCUGCUGCUGCUGCAUCUGUGUUCGACUUCACGCGGCAGCAACACGUCAAUUUUGCCGCCUCAUUAGUCGCAUUACAACAAAAUGAUGCAGCGCCCGAGGCGACAGCAACAGCAACAACAACAGCAACAGCAACAACAACAACAAUACAGGCAACAACAUCGCAGCCAGCAUCGGCAGCAACAUCGCCGGCGCCAGCAACAAGCGAAGCCAAUGACGAGGACGUCGACAACGGCGACGACGACGACGACGACGACAACAACAUGCAAAAUGCAGGCGCUGCCUGCGAGUCGAUCUACCUAACAGAAGCCUGGCUGCGACCUCUUGGCCACAAUGGAGGGCGUGCUGCGGCCAAGCAACAACAACAGCAACAACAACAGCAACAACUUCGGCAACAACAGCAACAGAUGCAUAUCUGA